GACAUUUUUCCUCUACCCUUCUAAAUUCUUCUCGCUGGUCUAAGAAUUAAAUAAACAUGAGACAGAUGUCUGAGUUAGAGAAGGCCAUGGUGGCCCUCAUUGAUGUCUUCCAUCAAUAUUCCGGGAGAGAAGGUGACAAGCACAAGCUGAAGAAAUCAGAACUGAAGGAGCUCAUCAACAAUGAACUUUCCCAUUUUUUAGAGGAAAUCAAAGAGCAGGAGGUUGUGGACAAAGUCAUGGAGACACUGGACAGUGAUGGGGACGGCGAAUGUGACUUCCAGGAAUUUAUGGCUUUCGUUGCCAUGGUUACCACUGCCUGCCACGAGUUCUUCGAACAUGAAUAAGGAAGAGAAAGCAGCGGAGCUGUUUCUGCAGCAGAGACGAAGUUUGACCAGGGGAACGGAGGCAGGGCUUGCAAGGCUGUAGGAGCUGAGCUUUCCGUGCUGUAGCUAAUUAGGAGGCUUGAUUUGCUUUGUGAGGGAACAAUUGAAACCGCUUUCCAAGGACCAUUUUUAGUGCCCCCAGCCUUCUGCAUUACUAGGUGUAGUGUUAGCUUUCUGGACCCAGGGACUCUUGGUAACUAUAACUUAGGAAAGUCAUUUCUCAGUCACAAAGCAUGUGCUGUGCUAGCUGUCCAAGCUGUGGAGACCCCUCACCUAGAAAAACCAAAUUGACUACCAAAAAGGACUGGAGCACUGUGGAUUCCACAUGCUGCCCCUACAUUUAAAAACACAAAGCUUUGUCCACCAUCCUUUGAAAACGUUGCCUGUCAUUAAAUCUUCUCAUCACUGGAGCAAAUGAAACCUGAUGUGGUUGGGUGGCCUGACAGUCUGUCCCACCUACCAAGGAGCAUGGUCACAUUUAGAGCCCUUUCCAACAGGUGAGCUGUGAUGUUUGCGUAUGCAGUUAAGCU